AUGGCCGAGCAGCACGGCGAUCGAUCUCAUCCCUCUAGGAUCGAUGAAGAAAGGGCCGCCAUGCCGGGCUUAUCGCCGAAGUCCCUCCCGAGGCGGCGGAGAAUCAAGUGGCUUGGUAUCUCCAUCGCAUGCGUCUUGUUCGUGGUAGUCGUGAUUGGCGUGCUCGCCCUCACCGUCUUCCGAUUCCGGGACCCCGAACUCGAGCUGGAAUCGAUAGCCAUAACCAACGUAAGCCUCUUCUCUCAAGCGCCGAUAACCUCGUCCUCGUCCUCGGCUUCCGUGAACCUGACCCUCAGGGAAGAGAUCAGGGUGAGAAACCAGAACUGGGGCUCCUUCAAGAUCGACGACAGCGUCACUGUCUUGACGUUUCGAGGAGCUCGAAUCUACAAGGGGGAGAUAGCGAACCCCGAUACUAGAGUGAAGAAGCGGAGCUCGAGAAGGGAAGCGGUGGCGAUUGAAGCGGAGCUGAUCAACGGCACGAGCUACGGUACUAAUAACAGCUCGGAGGUUCUGGAGAUAGGGACCUACGCUUACGUGUCCGGGAAGGUGAACUUGCUGAGCGGGAUCAAGAGACGGAGGUCCGGGAGCCUGAACUGCACGGUGAGCCUCAGCUUAGCGACGCAGGCGGUUCAGAACUUCAGCUGUCGCUAG